UAACUGGCACUUUUGGAGAAAUAAGAAACGACAAACCUGAGACCGUUCAACAACUGUUAUUUUGGUUAUUCUCCCCUUUUUUCGCCGGACCCGGGAAACUGAGACUUCUCUCGUAAGACCAAAACUACUUGGGUAUUCUGCAAAAAUUUGGAGCUAUUCCUGGAUCAUAGGACGGGUUACCUAGGGAUUAUCCUUGCUUUUCCAGGCAGCCAGGUCAGAUCAGGAACUACCCAGUACUUCCAGUACUUCCAGUAACUAUUGUGGAUUAGGACUCCUUAGGAAGUCAAGGACCAAGAACCCAAGGAACGAACAGCGAAGUGGGAAAUGCGAAAUGCGAAGUUAGAGACACGCAGUUCUUUUUUUUGGCCGCCACUUCGUCUGUUCGUUCGCUCGUUCGAAAAUAGGGGACCCCGCAGCACGCACCUACAUCACCCAGUACCCGGCAUCUAGCAUACGCCCAGCACACGCCUAGCAUUAGGUACCCAGUCAGUCAGCCAGUGCAUCCAGUAACCCAGUGCACCACCCAGUACAUCCACCACGCACCUAGUUUUAACUAACUCCUUACCUACCUUACAUACCUUUCCAUAUUACGCCGGUCAACAAGCUGGUUCUCGCUUGACUAUUGGCUCAAAGAACGGGCAGGCUGACAAGUACAUCUUAUCUUAAUUUUAUGCAGCUCCUCACCAGCCUCAAACAAGCGAAGACGAUUUCGAAAUGCCUAAUUUUGGAGCAACUUUCUAUCCCGGUGGUUCAGACGACUACUAUAUGCCCGAAGUAGUAGCACCGUCACCACAAAGGGUAAUGCCAGAAGUUCCCGAAAACAUGCAGCAAGGUCUUCAGCGCAUGGAAUUAGAAGCUCGCUCUGUCGAACCGCGAGGCACAGCAUCGCAUCCUGAAUCUGGUCCUCGACACGCACGCGAACCUUCUCUUUCCACCGUAUUAAACACUAAGGUCGGUAGUUUUGGGCAGCAAUACCAACAAGGCCGGAACCCCGCCACCGACUACAGUCCCGCAUCCAAUUUCAGCCCGUCCAACUACAGCCCUUUCCAGGAGACACAGGAUCGCAAUCCCCAAUUUGAGAGGAAUCUCCAAGAUAUGCGCGAAUUACCAUCAUUCUCCCCAUUUCCUAAAGUCCAAGGAGAACACAUACCUCCCAGCGAUGAGGAGAAGGAAGCAGUUCUGGCCGAGAGCCGCGAACAUGUCCUCCACUCUAACGAUCCCGACAUGCAAAUUUGCUGGGCUCGCGAUGUCUUAUCAUUCGUAGAAAUAGCCGCCGAGGCCGCCAUUCGGGAAGAAGAAGCUACGCGCGGGGCCAACGAUCAAGGUCUGCCCGUGCGGACAGCGACGCCUAAAAUCGAGCAUGAGCUGCGGAUCGACGCCAUUAAUAUUGUUACCUAUCUCGCAGAUCAAGGCCAUCCCGAGGCCUUAUUCAUAAGAGGAAAGUGGUUGGAAUUCGGCAAGUUUGGAAAACGACAGGAUAAGAAAGAGGCAUAUACCUGCUAUUCGACUGCUGCGCAAGCUGGUUGGGGUCGCGCCGAUUAUCGAAUUGGUAUGCUUUACGAAAAUUCAAAUGACAUGGACAAAGCCAUGAGGCAUUACCAGAUGGGUUUGGAUGCGAAGGACUCCGCGGCGAUGUACCGACUGGGCAUGAUCAACCUCCUAGGUCAACGAGGUCAACCAAAAGACAUGGCGAGAGGGUUGGAUUUGAUACAUUCUGCUGCCGAUACAGCUGAUGAAGAUGCACCCCAGGGUGCUUUCGUUUAUGGCAUGCUUAUCGGAAGGGACCUCCCUGACGUUGCCGUCCCUGAUAAAGUCUUGACAUACGAUGUUGGCGUCGCUCGCCAGUACAUUGAGAAGGCAGCUUAUCUUGGUUUUGCUAAGGCCCAGCUAAAGAUGGGGCAGGCGUAUGAGUUAUGCCAGCUCGGUUGCGACUUCAAUCCAGCACUGUCGCUACACUAUUACGGUCUCGCGGCUAAGCAAGGUCAACCCGAGGCGUCUCUAGGUGUUAGCAGAUGGUUUUUGUUCGGCUAUGAAGGGACAUUCGCAAAGAACGAGGGCCUCGCGUUCAAAUAUGCCCAACUAGCGGCCAAGGCGAAGCUACCAACUGGAGAGUUUGCUAUAGGUUAUUAUUACGAAAUCGGAAUAUCAGUCGAGAAAGACUUGCGAGAGGCCCGAAGGUGGUACGAGUUGGCAGCAGAUCACGGCAAUAAAGAUGCUGCGGAGCGGCUGGAUAAUCUAUCACAAUCUAAGACGUUGUCGAAGAAGGACCACGAAACGACGGCUUUGGCAAGGAUCAAAUCGAAACAUGGCUCCCAGAGGGGCCAGAGACCGGACCGAUUUAAGCAAGCAAACAACCCGAUGCCAGCCGUGUCCGAAGACCAGAACUCCCCUAGGAUGUCGCCACAGCCAUCUCCUGGACUAGGCAAUUUUGACCAUACCGAUAUGCCUGACCCAUCCCGAGUUAAUACAGGCGGUGCCAACCGACCACCAGCCUUUACCGUUAACCUACAGGGGAAGGCAGCAGUGCCAUACCCUGAGGAUGAUAGGCCAACAAAUCUGGCUCUACGGCCGAAACCUGCUUCCGUGCCUUACCCCGAAGAUGAUAUUGGGGGCAUGAAGCCGCAGCUAUCGCCUUACUUUAACCCUAGCAUCCGGCCGUCAGGAGGCCCAGUUGCGGAUCGUCCAGGAAGUUCUUUUGGAAUCCGCACGCAGUCCCCUAAUGCCGCUGGUAUACGUCCUUCGCAUUCCGCCGGCCAGCUCCCUCUCCCCCCGGCUGGUAUGGAUCCAAACCGUGGCCGGCCAGUCUCUGCCGGUUGGCAACCGCAAGUCGCAGGUGAUUAUAGGCAGCCUAGCCCUGGUCGGGCUCAAGGCCGCCCUGUAACGGGACAAUUCGACCAGCGACCUCCUCCCGGAGCUUAUGACCAACGACUAGGCCCCGCCCAACCUAAUACGCAUAAUAGACUCACGAAGCAAGGCCCACCUCCUGGGCAAUUUCCGCAAGCUGGGUACGGUCAAAGGGAAUCAUCCUUACCGUUACCUCAUGCACCUGGUUCUCGGAUUUCUGCGAACCCGUACGAUGCUGGAGGUCGGGGCAUGCCUUCUCCAACUAUGAGCGGCGGUAUCGGUGGUCCUCAUAACAACUCUUUCCCACAGGGAGGUUUACCCCAAGGGGGUCCUGGCGGCGGAAGAAUAUCAAGCGCUGGUAGACCUGGCAUACCGUUGAAAGAGCGCCCCGCCCCGUUGGAUAACGUAGGUCGUUCGAGUGCACCGCCUCAACAAGGGAGACCUGCAGUAGCGAGUCCUCCACCGGCCACUACGCCUACGUCAGCAGCGUCUGCACCGGCUUCAAAACCCGCGGCCAAGCCUAGCGGUCCUGCUACUUUUGAAGCCAUGGGUAUUCCUCCUGGAAAGCAAGACAACGAUUGCGUUGUUAUGUAAUGGAUCGAACACAUCUUGCUUAGUAUAGAAUGGAUGCGGGUUUCUCAGUUUUUAUCAUGAUACCACUUUUGUUAAAACGCCCACGAAUCAAACGAAAUCUUUUUUCAUGCCCAGGAAGGACGAUAUGUCGAAUAGCAUGAUAGGGUCGGGCGAAGCCGUUGCGGCCUGUUGGAUAGAAGCUAGGGCUGGGCAUCACAUCAAAAAGAUUCUUUAUAGCAUGGCAAGACUAGGGCGUUACUUGUGGUUGGACCUAAUGAAUGAUGUACCUAGGCGUAGCACGAGCCUUCGUGGGAGACGGGUUCCAUCGCGAGGGUGGUGAAAUAUCAGCGUGCCCGAUAUGGAAUUUUGAUGAGGCUUGGAUCUCUUCUCGUCAAUUCGUUGAUAGACUUAUUGAAUAUUUGACAUUGGUGUUUUUCGGUAUCAUCUAGACGUAUUGAAUGAAUGAUGGAAUGCCUUGGCUAGAGAUGGGAAUGUGUGUAUUGUACAACUUAGCUUGUUUCUAAUAAACUGC